CGGUUUUCUGGCAGUGUUGGUCCCGGGUUGUUAUGGGCUCGCGCCUCAACCCCAGUCAAUAAUCGAUUCCCAUCGACUUCGCCCCCUCGCCAAUCUCUUCACCUCUCUGUUGCCGCGAUUCUAUCACAGGACUUCAGGACGAUAAAGUCAUGGCUGCGACCGUUGCGCCCUCACAUGCUGGUGGCCUACCAUCGUCAUCGGGAAUCCCUGCGCCCUCGCAUUCCGCAAACUCUCACUCACAUGCCCAAGAUGCUCCGAGUGGACCAACAUCUCCCACCCCAAGUCCAUUACCACAAACCCGCAAAUUCAAUCUUCGCGACUUCAGACGAGUUCGCACACUAGGGACAGGAACAUUUGCUCGGGUCUGCCUCGUCCGUCCCGCCGCAACUGCGCAUAUCCCCCUUGACCAUCAACUCAACCCCGAAGUCUACGCCCUCAAGAUCCUACGGAAACCAGAAGUCAUCCGUCUCAAACAAGUCGAUCAUGUCCGACACGAACGCGCUAUUCUCGCUGAUGUUGCAGGUCAUCCUUUCAUCACAAACCUAAUCGCCUCCUUUUCCGACCAAGAUUCGCUCUACAUGCUGCUCGACUACGUUCCUGGGGGAGAGUUGUUCACAUAUCUUAGAAAGUUACGACGCUUCGAAGAAUCUGUCGCACGCUUCUACGCCGCCGAGAUUGUUCUUGUUCUGGAGUACUUGCAUGAGCAGCAAGGAGGUAUUGCCUAUCGAGACCUUAAACCUGAAAACCUGCUUCUGGAUCAAGAGGGCCACAUCAAGCUUGUUGAUUUUGGCUUUGCCAAGCGACUUGGCUACCGUGAAGAUAACCGCCCUGUCGAGACAUACACCUUGUGCGGGACACCUGAGUAUCUCGCCCCCGAGGUCAUCCAAAACAAAGGUCACACAGGCGCAGUUGACUGGUGGGCACUGGGCAUUCUAAUAUAUGAAUUCUUGACGGGGUAUCCUCCUUUCUGGCACCAGAACCCCAUCGAGAUCUACAAGCAGAUACUAGAAAAGCCCGUUGUCUUUCCCCAAGACCCCCCCUUAUCAGAAGAAGCUAAGGAUAUAAUACGGUCCUUCUGCACCGUCGAUCGUUCUCGGCGCCUUGGUAAUAUAAGCGGCGGUGCAGCACGUGUGAAAGCCCACCCUUUCUUCCAUGACACCAACUGGGAUGACAUUUUCAACCGUCGACAAAAGGGCCCCAUCCAGCCCCCGAUACGAUAUCCGGGCGAUGCACAAUGUUUCGACGUCUACCCCGAGGACGACGGAUCUCGCGAGCCUUAUGGCCGCGAGAUGGCGGAGAAAUAUGACCCAUAUUUCGCUGACUUCUAAUCACCCGAACCCGCCACCCACCUGGAUCGGAAGAUGGGUGCCGACGUAUCUCGUCAUGCCAAACGUCCAUUUAAUACAUGAGAAUUACUCGGCAGUCAGACUCUACUCCAAAUAUGCAAAAGCGCAUACAAGGUGCCCAAAUGACCCUUGAGAAUGAACAUACACACAAUGACGAAUUACGAUUCAACGUCAGAAACAUCGGUUCUUAAAUCAGCAUUUCUAUUAAGCGUUUAUGACC